AUAUAACAAUUACUAGCGAUUUUAGUGGUUUAUGAAUUAUGACGGGGUUUAUCCGCUACGGACGCAGAAUAUCUUUCUUGCUAGUAUUCGGGUUCAUAUGUUUUUAUCUUGGGUCUUCUCAAGUUAACAUACCAUUUACGAACGUCUCUGUUAUACAAGAGAGGAAUGAUAAUGAGGAACCUGACCCUUCUUCCAAGAUAGCCUGUGCUAAAAUAUUGUCUGGUACCAAACAAAAUCCAAGCGACCCAAAGCUUGAAACUUCCCUUGUAUCUCUACAGCUACCACAAGCUGAGGAAAAUAUUAAAACUGACCAAUUGUGUCCUAACACAGAAGAAUUCGCGGAAGAAAACGAACGAAAGUUGGAUUGGAUACAGUCACAAUGUAACAACACUGUCAGAUCUAAACUUUCUGAAAUCUUGGAGAUGUUUUACUUUCCCAAAUCUUUGUUGGGAUGGUGUCCAGUGUACAAGGCAGCGUCCUCAAGCGUGUUCGCACAUUUCUGCAGCGACUAUUUUGAUGACGAAACAUGUCAGGACAGGCAUGUUAAAGAGUGGAACUUCGAAGGAGGCUUCAGAAAAAACGACGACUUUACAGAAAAGGAUCCUCCGCCUAAAGACGAGAAACGAUUUUUGGUGGUUCGAGAUCCAUUCAGAAGAUUACUCUCCCUUUACAGAAACAAAGUGGAGCUGUUAAGCCACCCAGCUUUAUUUAUGAGAACAACUUUCGUAGACUUCAUGAUACAUUAUCGGCCAAUAAAAUGGAUUACUCGCUCUGUUAUAUAUAAUGAUAAAAAGAAGGUGCCAGCUUGGGCGGCAAUAAACUAUGCAGCAUCGAUGACAGAGGGCAAAAAUGAGAAGAAACCAGAAGAAGACAACCCAUAUUUAUGUCCACCAUAUCCCACAUUUAAGGAAAUUGUGGAUGCAACGAUAGCCGGUUGGGGCAACAAUCACGUUAUCCCAGCUAGUCAGAGAUGUGGCCCAUGUGGUUCAACUCAAUACGAUUUUCUGCUUAAAGCGGAAACAUUUGAUUGUGAUCUGAAAAAUAUGUUCAACCUAACCGGCAACCUCAGACUCGUCACGAACAGUGAGAGAUGGAUGACAAACCAGACCCCUGCCCUGAAUAUGACGAUGUUCUACAGCUACUACUCCACCCUGUCAACGGAACAGUUGGACGGCCUGCUCUACUUAUACGAGGACGACUGUUUGCUCUUCCAGUACCCAUGUGCAGAGCACGUGGAAAAUAUCAAAAAAUUUAAAACAUUAAAUCCAAAUCAUAAGCAUGAGUAUAAAAACACUUGGUUGGGAAUAAUUGGUGAUCCGGACAUUAUUAGCUGAAUUAAUGAAUUAUAUAAUUUCAUUGCUCUUGUCUGCAUCUAAGACUGCGGAAAUUUACGGUGUUUCAUAUUUAUUGUGUUUAUUUUUAUUGUUUUUGUCAAAUUUUGUUUGUUUUUAAGUUUACGCGAAAUAUUUUGAUUUUUAUAAUUUUUCAAACUCUC